AAUUUCGAUCUUGUUCCUCUUCCCACAGAUCCUAGCUCUUCCAAAUUACUGAAGAAUCUACUCUUUGACCAGAAUCUGAGCUCUCAGCCUUGUAUCACGAUGGAAGAUGACCAAUGGGUCUCCUUUUCCAACUAUGGUUUGCAAUGGUGUCUCAAAGAGCUGAGCAAGGAAGAACUUCAGACGUUCAAGAAGUUGCUGAGGAAAAAGCAUCCGAGGUCAAUGAGUGCUCUCCCAUGGGCUGAAGUGGACAACGCCAACACGGACAGUCUGGCCUCCCUCUUGCAUGAGUAUUACGAACGGCCUGCCGCCUGGACCAUGGCCAUUGACAUCUUUGAGGAGAUGAAGCUGUUGACGCUCUCUGAGAAAGCAAGGGAUGAGAUGAAAAAACACUCAGCAGAUACAGUACCAGAAGAUGCUGCCCCAGUGACGACUGACCAAGGACCAAGCAAGGAAGAGGCACCAGUUUCUGAUGAUGACACUGACAAACGGGACUACAAGGCGCACGUGAAGAGCAAAUUUGCCAUCAAGUCUGACGCACACAACGGCUCUGAAAAUGCGGCUUCCGACUGGCCAGAGAUGCAAAUGCUGGUUGACAUCUUUAACUCAGACCAGCGGGGCUUUCGGCCCCGGACCGUGGUUCUCCACGGGAGAUCGGGAGUCGGGAAGUCGGCUCUGGCCAGGAGGGUCAUUCUGCGCUGGGCAGAGGGUGUGCUCUACCGGGACCUGUUCAAUUACGUCUUCUUUCUCCAUGCUAGAGACAUCGAGUGGAGAGAGGAGAGCAGCUUUGCAGAGCUCCUUGCCAGGGAGUGGCCACACCCCCAGUUUCCGGCCACGGAGAUCCUGUCCCGCCCGGAAAAGCUCUUGUUCAUCCUUGAUAGCUUUGACGACCUGGACUCUGCGCUUGGGCUUUGCGCCAGGAAGCUGUGCACAGACUGGACUGAGAGGCGGCCCCGGUGUGCUCUGGUGCACAGUCUGCUCAAGAAAGCCCUGCUGCCCGAGUCCUCCCUGCUCGUCACCGUCCGGGACGUGGGCAUGGAGCAGCUCAAGUCGCUGAUCGUGUCUCCCCUGUACCUGGUAGUGGGAGGCAUCUCGGUGCAGAGGAGGAUACAGUUGCUCCUCAAACACAUCCCCAGCCAACACAGGAAGAUGCAAGUGUUGCAUUCGGUGAUGGACAACCCCCGGCUCUUUGACCAGUGCCAGGUCCCCGCCGUGUGCCUGCUGAUCUGCACGGCGCUGGAGCUGCAGGAGGCCGUGGGGAAGAGCCUCGCGCCCACCUGCCAGACCCUCACUGGCCUGUACGCCACGUUCGUGUUCCAUCAGCCAGCUCCAGGGGCAGCUUUGCAGCGUUGCCUCAGCCAGGAAGAGCGAGCUGUCCUGAAGGGCUUGUGCCACAUGGCCGUGCAGGGCGUGUGGAGCAGGAAGUCCGUGUUCAGCAGUAACGACCUGAGGGCUCACGGGCUGAGGGCGUCCGAGCUGUCCUCCAUGUUCCCCAUGAGCCUCCUCCUCCCGCUGGGUGGCCACCGGGAGAAGUGCUACGCGUUCAUCCACCUCAGCCUGCAGGACUUCUUCGCCGCCUUGUACUACGUUCUGGAGGCUCUGGAGAAAGAGACCUCUUCCUGCUCUGUGUUCUUCGAGGCUGCGCAGAGUUGGCUGGAGCUGAAGCAAACUGGAAUCGACUUCCGCUUGGCUCGCGUGAAGCAUUUCUUGUUUGGCCUCAUGAGCAGAGAGGUGAUGAGGACCCUGGAGAUCCGGCUCGGGUGUCCCGUGCCCCAGGGGGUGGUGAAACAGGAGCUGCUGCACUGGGUGUCUCUGCUAGGGCGGCAGGCCACCGCCUCCACCCCUGCAGAUGUCAUGGAGUCCUUCCACUGCCUCUUUGAGACUCAGGAUGAGGACUUUGUUCUCUCGGCGUUACACAGCUUCCAAGAUGUGCGGCUUCCGAUUAACCGGAGGAUGGACUUGAUAGUAUCCUCUUUCUGUCUCCAACACUGUCGUCGUCUACGGAGAAUCCGGGUGGACGUCAAAGACCUUUUCUUAAAGGACGAGUUUGCUGCGUGGCCCACGACUCCCCAGUGGAUGCAGACCAGGACCCUCAUGGACGAGAGCUGGGAGAACUUCUGCUCUGUGCUCGCCACCCACCCAAGCCUGCGACAGCUCGACCUGGGCAGCAGCAUCCUGAGCGAUUGGGCCAUGAAGGUGCUCUGUGCCAAGCUCAGGCACCCGGCCUGUAGAAUACAGACUCUGAUAUUGAAGGGGGCACAGGUAGCCCCGGGUCUCCAGCACCUCUGGGUGACUCUCGUCAUGAACCGCAACAUCAAGCACUUGAACUUGGGGAGCACAGUCCUGAAAGAGAAAGACAUCAAGAUGGCGUGUGAGGCGCUGAAGCACCCCAACAGCCUGCUGGAGUCUUUACGAUUGGACUCCUGUGGGCUAACCCAGACCUGCUACCUGAUGAUCUCCCAAGUCGUUCACAAAUCCACCAGCCUGAAGACCCUCAGCAUAGCAGGGAAUAAGGUGACGGACUGGGGGUUGAAGCCCCUGUGUGACGCCCUGAGGCUGUCCUGGUGUUUCCUGCAGAGGCUGAUACUGGAGAACUGUGGCCUCACAGCUGUCAGCUGCCAGGUGCUGGCCUUGGCCCUCACCGACAACCGCAGCUUGACGCACCUGUGCCUGUCAAACAACAACCCGGAGCACGAAGGGCUGAGUCCGCUGUCCCGCGCCAUUCCUGACAGCGGUCUGCAGUGGCUGCUACUUGACCAGUGCAACCUGGAUGUAGCUGGCUGUGGCUACCUUGCCUUUGCGCUGAAGGACAAUAGAAGGCUGACGCACCUGAGCCUCAACAGGAACCCCUUGGGGGACAGUGGGGUGAAGCUUCUGUAUGAGGUCAUGAGGGAACCGUCUUGUCACCUGCAGGACUUGGAGGUGGCAGACUGUCGCCUCACGGCCGCCUGCUGUGGAAGCCUGUCCCAUGUGAUUGUGAGAAGCAAACACCUGAAGAGCUUGGAUCUCGCCGGCAACGCCCUGGGGGACACUGGGAUGGCAGCACUGUGCGAGGGACUGAAGCAGAGGACCAGCGUUCUAGAGAGACUCGGGUUGGAGGCCUGUGGGUUAACUUCUGAUUGCUGUGGGGCACUGUUGCUGGCCCUGGCCCACAACCAGCACCUGACCAGUCUCAACCUGGUGCGGAAUAACUUCAGCCCCAACAUAGUGAGGAAGCUGUGCUCGGCCUUCGCACGCCCCACGUCGAAUCUGCGGAUAAUCGGGCUGUGGAAAGAGCAGUACCCCGCGCAGACACAACAGCUGCUGGAGGAGCUGCAGCGGCUCAAGCCCGGGCUCGUGGUUGACGGCGACUGGUAUUCCCACGUGCAAGACGACCGGUACUGGUGGAAAGACUGA